GGCCUAGGUGUGUCAUUAGAUGUUAACAGUCUAUUGGAAAGAGAAACAACUGGGAUCUGUAGCGGUCUUGAACUUUGGGUUAUCGCGUGGUAGAAACGAAGCUGCUGGAAAAGCCGGUGUUAUUCUAACUUUAGAGGUGCACAUUGUAGAAAAUGGCUGCUGCAGCUGCUGCGAAGAAAUUGCUUCCUAUGUUUGAUAGAGUGUUGGUUCAGAGGGCAGAGGCAAUAACGAAGACGAAAGGAGGAAUUGUAAUCCCUGAAAAGGCGCAGGAGAAAGUGCAGAAGGCGACUGUAGUAGCUGUAGGACCUGGCGUAAGAAACAAUAAAGGAGAACACAUUCCCCCAAUAAUAAAAGUUGGCGACCAAGUCUUGCUACCAGAAUAUGGGGGAACAAAAGUAAUUUUGGAUGAAAAUAGAGAGUACCAUCUCUUCAAGGAGUCAGACAUUUUGGCUAAACUAGACGGUUGAUAUAUUAAGUUUGUGAAGCUAAAAUCAGAUGUGCAAAUGUAGUAAAUCUUAGAACUGUGCGAUCUGAACCAUGAAUUUGUGUUGGAAGUGAAUGUUGGACUACAGGAACUGUGUUAGUGCAGUGUGCACAUGUUAAAUCUGACAGCCCUGAAACUGAGCUAUCUUUGUUAUUGAGUUAAUUUUGCCGAACGUUAGGUAACUAUAAUUGUGUUAUAUAAAGUAUAAGCUGUGUUCAUCUGUUUUACAGUAAGUUUUCAAUAAAAGCUUUCUGGAAAGAUGAGAAA